AUUGGCUUCAAUUUGACGUUCGUUUUCUCGUGUUUCAUACACGCAAACUAAUGUGAUUGCGUCUAUUUAACGGAUAUAAAAUCAUCCACUUUAGAAAAAGUUGUUAGCAUGAAUAGCUUAGGAGGUGAUUGUACGGAGUUGAAGAAACAGUAUGACGCUUGCUUCAACUCUUGGUUUACUGAACAUUUUCUAAAGGGACGUCACAAUGAUUCGCUGUGUGCACCAAUCUUCAAAGUAUAUCAAGAUUGUGUAAAGCGAGCCAUGCGUGAACAAAAUAUAGAACUUCGCGAUAUCGAAUCGGAAAUCACCACCAGCGAGCCUCAACAGGAACAGCAAAAGCAUGAUCAUACGAAAAGUUGACCGUUAUUGAACAAUGAUAUGUACACCACAACUACAACACCUACAGGACAUGCGUCGGCUGCCAACGGGAUACCAGUCUCUUUGGCUGGUUACGAGGAACAACCUUCAAAGAAGAAAUCGCACAAGCGUGAAAAUUCUUUAUAAUAAAACCUUUAAUUUGUCUAUACAGUGACGAUCACCUUCGACGAACAAAAGACGAGAAUAUUUUUGGGUCAUUGUCGUAGACGAGUGUAUCUGAGUUCACUUAACAAAAAGUAGCAGAAACUCUUCUCAUUUACUUAAUGAAUAAUCGUACAAUUUAUUAAUGUGGUACUCGUUAGAGAUUUAAAAUUAAGUAUUAAAUAAAGUUACUUUUUGUUGUUAAACAUAUAAA